AUGUCCACCGGGAAAUACUUAUCUACUAAAAAAGUCCCAUUGCCCGAACACGGACAAUAUGCGGUCGUUUGUACUGGCCAAAACAUCGACUCAAAAAACGAUGCCUGGAAAAUUAUUGGUGCAUUUAAUGUAAACGUGAAAGAUGGAGGCCUUGUAUCCUCAAUCUCCGUUGUUGGACUUAUGCAUCAAGAUACGGGAGAAAACUUACAUUCUCAUCCAAUACAUGUAACUCCAAAAUCAAAUCAUCAACAGGCGACAAUUUUCGGGUAUAAAAACAGUGACGAUGAUUGGAUUCUUCAAUGCUAUAACCCCGUCACCGAUGAUAGCGACUCGGCUCAUUUAAUGAAUGGUGAUGUCAUUAACCUCAUUCAUAGAAAUACUAAUCAACCGCUCUACAGCCAUGAAGUUCUAUUAGACGAUGGAACUCAAGAA